GAGUUUUGAGAAAGCCAGUCUGCCUAACCUCAGUGAUGAAGAGAGGAAAAAACUCCUUCACUUUGUCAUUGUUGGUGGUGGCCCAACUGGCGUUGAAUUUGCAGGACAGCUCCAUGAUUUUGUGAAUGAAGAAGCAGCGAGGUUAUACCCAGAGGUCAAGGAUUAUGUGAAGAUAACACUGAUUGAGGCAACCGACCACAUAUUGAAUAUGUUUGACAAAAGAAUCACAGCUUUUGCUGAAGAGAAGUUCCAGAAAGAUGGAAUUGAUGUCAAGACUGGAUCAAUGGUUGUGAAGGUUUCAGAUAAAGAAAUCACUACUAAAGAUGCAAAAACUGGGGAGAUUACAUCUACACCCUAUGGAACGGCUGUGUGGUCUACUGGCAUUGGAAUUCGCCCCGUGAUCAUGGACUUCAUGAAAGAGAUUGGCCAGGGCCAAAGGCGUGUACUUGCAACUGAUGAUUGGCUAAGGGUUGAAGGAUGUGAAAAUGUAUAUGCACUUGGGGACACCGCUACAAUAAAUAGACGCAAAGUUAUGGAAGAUAUUGUGGCCAUAUUUCGCAAGGCGGACAAGGAUAACUCUGGAACACUAACAGUUAAGGAAUUUCAAGAUGUCCUAGCUGAUGUCUGUGAAAGAUACCCACAAGUGGGGCUCUACCUGAAAAACAAACACAUACGUAAUCUGCUUGAUUUGCUGAAAGAGGAAAAAGGUGGUGAUGUUAACUCGUCUGUUGAGGUUAAUAUUGAAGAAUUCAAAUCAGUUCUCUCCAAAGUGGAUUCUCUUAUGAAGAUUCUUCCUCCAACCGCUCAGGUUGCAUCUCAGCAAGGCAUUUAUCUUGCAAACUGCUUUAACCGCAUGGAGGCGUGUGAAAAGAAUCCAGAGGGUCCCCUUCGGUUCAGGGGAGAAGGGCGCCACCGUUUCCAUCCUUUCAUGUAUAACCAUCGAGGACAAUUUGCACCUCUGGGAGGAGAGCAAACGGCCGCACAGCUUCCUGGAGACUGGGUUUCAAUUGGCCAUGGCCCUCAAUUGCUUUGGUACUCUGCUUAUGCCAGCAUGCAAGUGAGCUGGCGUACAAGAGCACUGGUGGUGUCAGAUUGGAUAAGGCGUUUCAUCUUCGGCAGAGACUCAAGCCAGCUCUGAAGAGGGAGUUGGUUGUUCUUACAAACACACUUCUUACGUGCCAUUCUGUUGGGGUUUCAGUCCAUUGUACUCAUCACUGAGAAUGGGAAAUUCUUUGGUGUUUACCUUUUCCUUUUCAAUUCUUUAAAAAAAACUGCUCGCGCUCCAUUAAGUUGGCUGGUUGUGCCCAAAUUUUGCAGCUAGUUUUGAGAUUGCAAUAAUCAAGAGAUUAUAACAAUUGUACCGUGUACUAUUGCAUAGCUGCUCUCGUUACUAAGUUUCACUUCAUUAUUUCAUACUUUCAUCAUUAAAUAUUAUGCGUUUUAU